AUGUGGAAAGAAAUCAUCACACAAGUCUUGUACGAAUUUGCGGCACCUUUUGAAAGUUUCUUCGACGACGUCGUUUUCGCCGAUCAUUCCAGUCCUAACCACAUGGUCGACGGUGGCGAUGAGUUCAGUUUUGAUGCCGAUCAGUCCAGUCCUUACCACGCGAUUGACGAUGGCGAUGGGUUCAACUUCGAUGAGCUCAUGGAAGAGCCGUUGAUGAGGCCAAAUUCUAUGCGAUCAUUGAAGGAACUGAAAUUGGAUGAGAAAACAAAAGAAGAACAGUGCAGUGUUUGUCUGGAAUCUUUUGAAGACAAUGAUGAUGUUUUAGUGACGCCAUGUAAUCAUAUUUAUCAUAGAAAAUGUAUUGUUCAUUGGUUUCUUGUAAGUUCUAUGUGUCCACUGUGCCGUCGCUUCACAGUGCCUUCCUUGGAUUCUCAGGUACCCUAA